GUAAAUAUUAAACAAAAUGGCGCUGGCGGAUGCAUGUAAUUUUUCACAAAGUUUUAGCAACUUUGCUGCUAUUCCAACUGCAUUGGGACCCCAAGAUGGUCUCAGCGACUUCCAAAAUGCGUUGCAGUCAUCAGAAAACUUCACCAUUCCUCAAAAUUACGACCCUGUCCGGGAUAUGAAGACAUUGGUGGAUGGUGAUAAAGAUGUAAAAAUAGAGUUUGACCAUGGAACCACAACUUUAGCCUUUAAGUUCAAACAUGGCGUCAUUGUGGCUGUAGACUCCAGAGCAACCGCUGGACCUUAUAUUGCUUCUCAGACUGUGAAGAAGGUGAUAGAGAUCAACCCUUAUCUACUUGGUACAAUGGCUGGGGGUGCAGCAGAUUGCUCUUACUGGGAGAGAGUUCUUGCAAAACAAUGCAGAAUUCAUGAGUUACGUAACAAAGAAAGGAUCUCAGUAGCCGCUGCCUCUAAACUGUUGGCCAAUAUUGUGUACAACUACAAAGGAAUGGGGCUUUCUAUGGGGACGAUGAUCUGUGGCUGGGACAAGAGGGGGCCAGGUCUGUACUACGUUGACAGUGAUGGAACAAGGCUAACCAACGAUAUGUUCUCCGUGGGUUCUGGAUCUACAUACGCAUAUGGUGUGUUAGAUAGUGGGUAUAACUAUGACAUGUCAGUAGAGGAUGCAUAUCAGCUUGGGGAGAGAGCCAUCUAUCAUGCAACGCACAGAGAUGCCUACAGUGGUGGCACUGUUAAUAUGUACCACAUGAAGGAAACUGGUUGGAUCAAGGUCUCUGCUAACAAUGUACUAGAUCUACAUUACAAAUAUGCCGAGGAGAAGAAGCAAUGAAACUUUAUAUGGAAAUGAUAGAUAUUCAACCUAAGGAUCACAUGAAUAGAUGGAUUAGAAGACUUAUAGACAAAGUGGACUUUGACCUGUUAUGUAUUGAUAUUCAAAAACAGGAUUGUAUCAGUUUUAGAGUACUGGAAUGUAUCUUGAAUGAUUGACAGGAUUUUCUAUUGGCUAGUGCAUAGUCAACAACUCAUUGCCAAGUUUUAUAUUGUCACUCACUGUAUACAUUUAAAUAUGGAUGAAAUCCAUGGUAAAUAAAGCCAGAUACCAUA